AGAGGAGAGGAGAGAGAUGUGGGACAUGGGUGGACAUUUGUUUAAAUGUGGAUGGCUGACAAAGUAAAGGGAGCAAAGCAUGGAGCUGUGGAGUGUCCUAAGAUGUGGUCUACUUCUCGGAGGUGAGCACCUGCGGCUCUGUCCUCAGGACUACACCUGCUGCUCCAGUCAGAUGGAGGAGACGCUGGCCCUGCAGAGCGAGAGGGACUUCCUCAAAGCUGUCGAAGAGAACAGCCAGUUCCUUCUGACUACUUUUACCCAGAGACACCGCAGGUUUGAUGAGUUCUUCAGAGAGCUUAUAGACUUAUCGGAGAAGUCUAUGAACCAGAUGUUUACCAAGACCUACGGCCGGCUCUUCACGCAGAAUUCACACGUCUUUCAGGAGCUGUUUGUGGAGCUGCGCAGAUAUUAUUCUGGGGGCAGCGUCAGUCUGUCAGAGGUUCUCUCAGACUUCUGGUCCAGACUGGUGGAGCGAGUCUUCUCUCUGGUUAACCCCCAGUAUCAGUUUAGCGAGGACUACCUGGAGUGUGUCAGCAAACAUGCCGAACAGCUGCAGCCGUUUGGGGAUGUGCCCCGCAGACUGCGCGUACAAGUGUCGAGGGCUUUCAUUGCAGCCAGAGCUCUGUCUCAAGGCUUGGCUACUGGUCGGGAUAUUGUUAACAAAGCAACAAAGCUGACUGCAGAUUCAGAGUGUGUGCGUGGCCUGAUGCGUCAGUGGUACUGCCCACUGUGCCGAGGCAUGCCCUCCCUGCGGCCCUGCCACUCCCUGUGCCUUAACGUGAUGAAGGGCUGCUUAGCCAAUCAGGGAGACCUGGACACUGAAUGGAACAAUUUCAUUGAUGCUCUGUACCUGGUUUCAGAGAAGUUGGAGGGGCCGUUCAACAUGGAGCUCGCAGCCGACUCCAUCUCUGUGAAAGUGUCGGAGGCCAUCAUGCACAUGCAGGAAAACAGCGUCAGCAUCUCCACUAAGGUGUUCCAAGGUUGUGGAAGCCCCAGGCCAACUCCAGGACGCUCCAAACGUUCCCCCAAAGAGUCAGGGGGUAACAGGAGACCCUUCCGCACCUACAGCCCUGAGGAGAAACCCACCACUGCUGCAGGCACCAACCUGGACAGACUGGUUACCGAGCUGAAGGAGCGACUGCGGCCUAUGCGUGGCUUCUGGGUGUCCCUCCCACACACCAUCUGCAACGAUGAGAAGAUGGCUGCCGACGUCACUAAUGAGGACCGCUGCUGGAACGGGCAGACCCGAGGGAGGUACCUGCCGGAUGUGACGGGCGAUGGGCUGGUUAGCCAGAUCAACAACCCGGAGGUGGAAGUGGACAUUGCCAGGCCGGAUGUGAGGACCAGACAGCUGAUCAUGGAGCUGAGGGUGGUGACCAACAAACUGAGACACGCUCAGAGCGGACAGGACAUGGACUUCAUGGACAGUGAGGAGGGCAGUGGCUCAGGAGGCGGAGAUCAGGGUGAAAGGUACAAUGAUUGGCCAGGCUAUGGGCCGUACUCCCCGCCCUACAACAACAAACCCCCCCGCAACCCUGUCUCCAGUCCCGCAAAGCCACCAAGAGUCAGAGAGAGAAAUGGGUCCAAGUGGAACAGAAACAACGGUCACGGACGGGUCAGAUCUGCAACCAGCCAGCUCUCUUUCUCCCUGGUUCCUUUGUUGUCUUUGCCUUUUGUGGUCACUGUUGCCCCCAUGUGGAGAUAGCUGGUUAUUACAGUCUGGAGGUGGAGGUUAUCUGUCAUGCUGGAGUCUCAAGCACAUUAUGAAGAAAGAAAAAGUCAUUCCAUUUGGUUACACCAGCAGAAAAAAAGACAAAACAGGCUAAUUUAGCAAUAAUCAAAAACCUGUUUACAGCACAAAUACAAAAAGUUAAAGUGAAUAUUUUUCCUACUGCCCAAGCCAUAAAAGAGGCAUUAUUGUAUCAGGCAUUGAUGAUUACAAACUUAAUAAGUACUGCCAUUUUUUAGAGCCGUUCAUUUGACCUAUUGGAGUCUUGAUGCUGGAUGGUGACUAUGAAAGAGAAACAAAAAGCACAACAGCAGCAGGUGAAUUCACAGCAUGUUUGGGUGAUGAAGCUCGUGGUUUGGUGGUUUGGUGGUCUGUCAGAUGGAGAUCAGUCGUGCCGGUUAAUAACCACGUGGUAUCCGCAGCAGAGUUUGUUUGCUGCCUUUCUCAUGAAAUUAAGUUCAUUAAUUCAAUUGAUCUUGGUUUCAGUCCGGUUGUGGUUUAUUUUUCAUCUUGUGGAAGUAGUGGGAAUUUAAUUUACUUGCUUAAUUAAACCUCCGUAUUUUGGCUUGGAGACUAAAGAAAAGUCAAUAGUGUGACUCUUGAAACCAAACAAGGGGCUUAUUUUGAAUGUACGUAAUUAAUUUGCGGUUAUUUGUGACAACAAGGGGUUUAUUAAUGUAAUAUAUUGAUGUUUUUUAUUUAUUUGUAAUAUAAUAUGUCAUUGUUCUUAUCUGAUUUUUAAGGCAAGGGUCAAGUGUUUUUAUCUUUUAAAAUAAGUGUUUGUCUUUAACUUUCUCUGGUUUAAAAUAAGGGGAAAAAUCAAGUUGUAUUUAUUGAUACUUUCUGUAAACCAAUUAUUUUAAAAUGUUAUUGAACCAAUCACAGCAAAACAUUUAAAGGUCCAGUGUGUAGCAUUUAGUGGCAUCUAGC